AAACAGGGUCAUUUUCAUUUUUCAUUUUUUAAAAUAAACAUGAAUUGCUACUUCCGGCUAAUUUGUUUGCUGAUAUUUUCAUUUUGCGAAACUUUAUGCGAGUUCUCUGAAACUGGUAAAAACUACAUUUUAUCUCGCCACAACUACCUCCGAUCUCAAAUUGCUCUAGGAAAAUAUGUGGCAGGAAAUUCUACAAAACCCUCUGCUUCCAACAUGAUGAAGCUAAUCUGGGACACGACUUUAGAAACAACAGCUCAAGAUUAUUCAACUGGAUGUCCUACAGGACACUCUGCAAGUCGAGCGAAUAUUGGAGAGAAUAUGUAUUGGUGGACAUCUCCAGUUGUCACUCAAACCGAUGCAGAACUUCUUGGAAAUCGGUCGGCGAACUUGUGGGAAAGUGAAUUUCAAAGGUUCGGAUGGAACGGAAAUCUACUGACAGAGGAGCUGUUUAACAGUGGAAUUGGACACGCUACACAGAUGGCAUGGGCUACUACUAACAAAAUAGGUUGUGGAAUUUCAAAAUGUUCAAGCGAUUCCUUUGGUACACAGUAUGUUGUUGUGUGCCUCUACUCUCCUGCUGGGAACUACAUUGGAAUGGAUAUCUAUAAAUCAGGAGAAACCUGCUCUAACUGUCCAGAUGGAACGAAUUGUGAAUCUAGUACCGGGUUAUGUGUUUGAACAAUAAAUAUUUAUUUUAUUUAA